GAAAAUGGACGACUUGCCAAUUACAAACGGUAAGUAUACGUUUGUGAGUUCGUCACAAGCAACGAAAUAAUUGCUUGUCAAAUCAUUAACCCGUCAGAUUUUUUAUAUGCUAAUUUUAUUUACAAUUGCAUAUCGUUUGUUGCAUUGUUGAUUCAGAGUCUCCUUGGUAUCCACUGCAGCUCGUGUUUCGAUCGAUAACCGAAUGGUUAAUAAAUAUAUCAGCGAAUUGUUUGCAAGAGAACACUGAGAUGUUCGUCAAAAAUUGAGACUUCAUGAAAUAAAUUUCUUCAUUGGUGUGUUUAACAUCUAUCCUUGGACCUCAGCAACGUCAUAGGAUUUAGAUAGUAUUGAUUACACAUAUAUGGCCUAAUAUAAACGAUCCUGUUACAUACAAGUUCAACAAACUAUAGGCAAGGAACUAUUUUUAUCUUGCAUAAUCGAAAGUGAACGAAUGAACGACCUUAAAGUGUUGCAGGUGCAACGAACGACCGCGAAUAGAAAGAAACAAGCCGGAUGGAUUGUUCGUAUAGCCUGUUACGUUUCUAUCGCUUCCCAUUCUUUCAGUUCGGUAUUUUUACCUUUGAAUAUACCCUCUUUUUCUAUUCUAUCUUUGAUAUUCGCAUACUUCUUUCCAUAUCUCAUACAUUCUACGGGUACAUUACGGAUGAUUAUGCAUCUAUAGAAAAUUAAAAUUAAUUUGCAAGAAUAUAUAAAAUAUCCAAAGUAAAGCGGCUAUAACAUUUGAUGAACAGCAAUAUCUCUAUUCAAAUUCCGUUUCUCUACUUUAUAUACAUUUAUAAAAAUAUACAGUAGCUAUUUUUUUUUAUUAGACCGCAGUGUAGACUAUAGUUAUUCCUGUACAUUCAUAUUUUAUAAACACAUCUAAAGAAAUAGAACUUCAGCUCGUAACGAGUACUGUACUGUGGGUAUUCGAUAUGUAAUCCACGUUUCAUUCAUUUCUGCGUUUAAAUUUGCCAAAGAUGCGUACGAAUCCGCAAUCUGCCAAUUAAUUACCAUUAAUUCGUUCGGUCUUCAUUCUUGCGGUCCACAAUGAAUCGAAUUGUGACGUCGUGGCCGCGCAAGCGUACUCACGCGAAAUACUCGGGCAUCAGAGAGCUUGCGAACAAAGGAAAAAGAGAUAAGAGGGGUGUGUGUGCACAUUUGAUAGAAUACGUAGGAGGGUGGUUCUCGCGUGCUUGCGGGCGCGUGCGCGCGUGUAGGUGGAACCUACAUAGGUAUAUAGGGAGCAAACGAGGAAGAAAGCAGUAUCAAAGGGUUGGGGGGAGGGGAGGGGGGGGGGGUAGUGGCGACGUUGGCGGUGGUACGCGAGGAGAAGAGGUGCGAAAAGAGGCUUCAUUCGCGAGCAGCGUAUGAACGCAACGAAACAGGCGGCCGGAGUCGGGCGACAAACGAUAAACGUUGUGUCGGUAUGUGCGAGCGGAGAUCAUUAAAAGCUAGAUACUCGCGUUUACGGUCUGUCACAUGCGUACUACAUACAUACGUCCUACAUUGAAAGUGUACUGUUAAAUUACCACUAGUCCAAGAUAAAUUAGAAACGAACGCAAGAUAAACGACGAAGAAAUUGAAGAGGAAGGUCUAUCUGAGUGAAUGUAAAGGACGGUGACAGAGGAACGAGCGAAGAGCAAAGAGAAACAGAGAGAAGGAGGGAUGUGAGAGCACCGUGGGGUGGACGUUGAAGGCACGAGGAUGGCCGUGACGUCGAUGAGAGGACACAACGACAUCGGACGUCGUAUUAACUCGAGGGUGGCUCAGUAAGCACGACACCUACGUAACCAAGAAGACGACGCCUACGUACCGCGCAAACACGCCGGGAACGCAUCGUGACCGACAGUUUUUAUGUAAAUCAAUAAUUCGAGCACGACGAAGCUUUGCCUGUUAUUUCGUAGAAAUAUCGGACGUUGUCGUGUUGCCGAAUAACGAGCGGCAACGAUAAAACCGGGUGACGUCGACGGUAGCGAGCGGUCGACACUCGAUAACGAGUUUUUAUCUCGAUAGAAACUCGUUGGCCACAGACGUUGGUCGAGCGUGGAGCAGAGCAAGGGGUAUCGUCGUUGAUUCGUCUUUCGCGUGCCAAUAAUCGGCGGUGAUCCGCGUACGUGUUUCGAAUUGCACGGAGGAGAGGGUGGCGUCGAGCUCGCUGGUGCAUAAUGUGCAACGUUUCCGAGAAAGGGUUGAAGACGAUGAAGCGAAUCCACUUGGAAAGUAAUUCGCGGCGUAGAAGAUGGUCACUGAGAUUCGGUCUUUUUCUCGUGUACAUAUUGGUCCAGUACGUUACUUGCGCGAAACUACCCGAAGAGGUAACGUCUCCUUAUCUAAGUUCCACGGAACGCGAGGAGAAUUGGACGACAGAGUCCACCGGGGAACCGUUCACAUCUCAGAUCGAGGUGAACGUCGAACCACGAGCAAAUGAAAAGGGGGAAAGUGGCGUGGCGAAAGAGAAGAAUGAAAAGGACGAAAAGAAUGAGAAGAGCCAGAAGAGCGAAAAGACCGAGAAACCCGAGAAGACCGAAUUGAAGAACAAAAGUGAAGAGAAGAAGAACGAAACUCAACAACAGAAUGAAAAGAAGAUAUCCGAGGAAGAGAAGUCGAAGAAUAUACGUGGACAGUCACAGAAUGUUCCUAGAACCACAACGGUUCCAACAACGACCACUAUAAGAUAUGAACGUGCAACGUGGAGACCGCGAAGAGAAAAUUGCUCACCUCCAGCGAUCGAACAGUUCCCACGACCGGUGAUGGGCCCGUCAGCUAGGAAACACGGUGGACUGAUUAUUCAUAUUUUGGUUGCAAUUUACACGUUCCUGGGCCUCGCCAUUGUUUGCGACGAUUACUUCGUUUCCAGUUUGGACCGAAUUUGCGAAGAACUACGAUUGUCUCCGGAUGUUGCUGGAGCAACUUUCAUGGCCGCAGGUUCGUCAGCUCCAGAAUUGGCAACCGUGGUGAUCGGUGUCUUCUUUGCCAAGGAUGAUAUCGGUGUGAGCGGUGUGAUCGGGAGCGCGGUGUUCAAUAUAAUGUUCGUGAUAUCGGUGUGCGGAUUGUGUACGACGACAGUGUCAAAGUUGAAUUGGUGGCCCCUUUGCCGGGAUUGUUUUUUCUACGCUGUAUCGAUUCUAGUGAUGCUCGGUACAAUUUACAACGAAUCAAUAUCAUGGAUGGAAUCUCUAUUCAUGUUGAUCAUGUAUGGUGUGUACUGCGUUGCUUUAUCUUUCAACGCUAGACUGGAACGUUGGGCGAAAUCGUACAAUAUACCUUUUCUACCAAAAGACGAUGAACCUGCAGAAGAGAGCGCUCUCGUUAGUUAUAGAUCGUUACAAGAGGAUCGAUUGUCUUACACAGGGCCGAGUUCACCUACGGAUCAAUAUAAAACGCAAGAAGGAGGAGCAGCACCAGGAGGACCAAACGUUCCUGAAACGAACGAACCACCACCACCAAAGCAACCGGAGUAUUACAAAGCAAAAGAACCAGAUCCAAAUGAAGUAUCGCCGCUAGAAAAGCCUACUGAUGGUAGCAAGUGGACUCUAUUUACCUGGGGUCUCGUUUAUCCGAUUCAUUUCAUGUGUCGUGCUACAAUGCCAGAUUGUCGACAAGACAAAUUCAGGAAUUGGUAUCCCUUUACUUUUUGCGUGUCGAUGGUUUGGAUCAGUUUCUACAGCUACAUCAUGGUGUGGAUGAUUACGAUCAUAGGUAGCACGCUUGGUAUACCCGACACGGUGAUGGGUUUGACGUUCGUUGCUGCUGGUGUCAGUGUACCUGACGCUCUUUCAUCGUUAGCCGUGAUAAAAGAAGGCCUUGGUGACAUGGCAGUUAGCAACGCUGUCGGUAGUAAUGUCUUCGAUAUACUAGUUUGCCUCGGGCUUCCAUGGUUUAUACAAACUGCAAUGAUACAGCCCGGCUCCCACGUGAACGUCACCAGUCGAGGCCUGACGUACUCGACGGUGUCUCUACUGUCAACGGUGGUAUUCUUGGUCCUAGCGACUCAUUUGAACGGCUGGAAACUGGAUCGACGAUACGGAGUAAUACUGAUGAUCUGGUACUUAGUGUUCAUCGUAUUUGCUUCGCUCUACGAGUUAAAUGUCUUUGGUGAAAUGAAUCCUCCGGUAUGCUUCAGCGCGUUUUAAA